AUGUCAAGUCAUGAGAUGUUUCAAAAACAUGAUCACAACUCACAGCAGCUUGAUCAUCAUUCUCAGCCAAGUUCUGGCUAUAGGGCUCAAGUCACACGAAACUCGACGAGUGCUGAAGUAAGAGGUGAGCGUGUGCGGUUGCGAGCCUCCCAGCAUCCAUUGAAGGAAGAUGUGCAGGAGAUCGAGGAACUGGAACUACCGGAGGGCGGACUCCAGGCGUGGCUGGUUGUAUUCGGAUCUUUUAUGGGAUUGAUCCCCGUUUUUGGUAUUAUAAAUUCACUGGGAGCUAUCGAGUCCUAUAUUUCUAAAAACCAAUUAGUCAAUGAAUCGUCGUCGAUUGUUUCUUGGAUUUUCUCUAUCUAUCUUUCCAUGACAUUUUUAAGCUGUAUCUUCGCUGGAGGUUAUUUUGAUAGAAAUGGGGCGCGCGCCCCUUUAAUUGUGGGAACGAUAAUGUUCUCGGCGGCGAUUGUCGCAACUGCCAGUUGUAAAACAGUUUGGCAAUUUAUUUUGGCAUUUUCUAUACUGGGAGGGCUUGCUUCGGGAAUCUUGAUGACCCCUUUAGUAGGCUGCGUUGCCACAUGGUUUGUCAAGAAGCGGGCACUUGCUACGAGUGUUGCCACAACUGGUGGGUCACUCGGUGGUGUUGUGUUUCCUCUGAUGCUGAGAAGCCUUUACGAUAAGGUGGAGUUCGAUUGGGCUUUGCGAAUCCUGGCACUCCUGUGCUUUGUUUGUCUUUCGUGUUCAAUUGCGCUUGCGUCCGAGCGGGAAAAACCGGUAGUCGAGCCAUUCAAAUCUAAGAAAGAAGCAUUCAAGUGGUACUUGAGCUCAGCGUUGAAUUGGCAGUACUUCCUGGAUUGGAAAUUUUUAUUUGCAGCUUUGGGCAUGGGAUUCGCUGAAAAUUCAUUGACAGCUUCCUCCACUUACCUCGCGUCUUAUUCUCUAGCGCAAGGAAAUUCUGAAAAAAUCUCAUAUGCUCUAAUUGCGAGCACUAAUGCCAUUGGAAUCUUAGGACGCUAUGUUUCUGGCCAAGUGGCUGACAGGUACACUGGAAGGUUCAAUAUGGUCAUAGUCACAGUUUCCUUGGCAGCGCUUUUUAACUUGGCAAUGUGGCUACCAUUUGGGGGCAACGUGAAAGUUCUAUGGGCAUAUUCCGUCCUCUACGGCUUUGCUUCGGGUUCUAUUCUUUCUUUAGGUCCUGUUUGCAUUGGUCAAAUUUCCAGAACAACGGACUUUGGAAAGCGCUUUUCCACUGCUUACCUGCUAGAGGCCAUAAUGACUGUUCCAGUAAUCCCUGUGGGAGGUGCAAUUAUUGGAUCGGGCUCAAUUGCAGGUUACAACAAGUUCAUCAUCUAUUCUUCAGUAAUGAUGAUCGCGGGAUCUGUAUUUUUCACCACUUCACGCAACAUUUGCAUGGGAUUCAACACUCGCAAAUUUUGA